AGAUUUCCACUGCCCAGAUCCUUCUCUUCUGCAAACUAUCAACGUGCUAAUUGCUGAGUCUCUCCCGCUCUCUGCCUAAGGCCCGAAGAACCUCAUCCUCUCUGCAAACUCUACAACUCUCCUCCGCUCUUUCCCUCUCAGCCUGAAGCAUUGAAAAGAAAAUUAAACUUAUAUAUAUUUGGAAAGAUGAAAAUGAUUGAACUGGAUGACGAUAAUUAUGAGCGGUGGCGUAUUUGCAUUGAAAGCUAUUUGGUCUCUAAAGAUCUUUGGAAAGCUAUUAUAUCGAGUGAGAGGCCUUCUGAAGUAGAUGAAACGGAAUGGACUAAAAGGGUCGCUGCCGCUCUGCAUGCAAUUCAAAUUUCAUGCGGAAAAGAGGGUUUUGAAAAGAUAAAGGAUACCAAUUCAGCCAAAUGUGCUUGGGAUAAGUUGGCCCAAAUGCAUGAAAAUAAAGACGAUUCUGAGUCUCACUGCAUUGACCUAUCAGAAGAAGAAGAAGAAGGGGAAGAAGGAGAAGAAGAAGAAGAAGGAGACGAAGGGGAAGAAGGAGAAGAAGGAGAAGAAGGUCAUUGCAUUGACCUAUCAGAAGAAGGAGAAGAAGGUCACUGCAUUGACCUAUCAGAAGAAGAUGAAGAAGGGGAAGAAGGAGAAGAAGGAGAAGGAGGAGGAAGAGGAGGAGGAGGAGGAGGAGGAGGAGAAAUAGUAGCAGAAGAAGAGUCAGUGUCCCAAGAAGAUAUUCCAGCGAAACUAAAACAAUUGGAAGAUGCCAUUGUGAAGGGAAAUGUAGAUGUUGUGAGGGAACUUAAAAAUUCUGUAAUAGUGUCAGAAGAUGACACAGCUCUUCAUCUUGCGGUCCAUUUGGGCCAGAAAAAAAUUGUCGAAGAAUUGCUGGAGUGCAUUCUCAAAGAUCAGACAGGAAAAAAAGAAGUAGACUGGUGUAAAGCUCUCUCGCUUGCUGCUUUGGCCGGAGAGACUAAAAUUGCAAAAUUUUUAGUUGGAAUGAAUAAGAAUUUGCUCACUAUCACUGGUCGACGUGGCCAUAUCCCGCUUGUAGCGGCAUGUGAUGCAGGGUAUAAGGAAAUGGCACGCUACCUCUAUCGUAACACUCCAUUUGAUCUCCUUCGCCCCGAAGGUGGGAAGCAAGGGUACCUGUUUCUUGCUAUAAGCAUCCGAAACAAACUAUAUGAUAUUGCGUUGGAUGCACUCCAUCGUUGUCCAAAUAUGAUGACUAACGGAGGGGAAUUGGCUCCGUUGAGAGAAUUGGCCGGAACACCAUCGGAAUUCUUCACUGGAAGUAAGCUGAGAUUUUGGCAACGAUGGAUCUAUUACUGUAAGUAUCAUUUCUAAUUAUGAAUCUUCAUCAAAUUUUUUUAAUAAAUAUACUAGAGUGCUGAACCUGAGGAUAUCAUUAAAGUCCUUUUUCUCUGAAAACAACGUUAAACAUUUUUGGCCACUUUAAUAUUAAAGGUACUUCACUUUU